AAUCAUAUUCACUAUUCAUAGAGACCUGAGUCUGUGUACAAUAAAUAAGCAUAAAGAAGUUUUGAAUACAAUUUAAGCAAAAUUCCUAUCAAAUGAGUAGAAAUAAUCGGGUCCCUAAUGCCUCCUCCUCCGCCUCCGCCACGGAACGGAACCGCAACGGGCUGCGGGCUUUGCCCCAGACCAUUCGCCAUCCACAAAACCCAUACAGAACCCUAGACGAGGAGCUUCGGGACAUGGUCUUAGCCAGUAAUCAGGCUCGCGAGAAAAAGGCCAUGGAUCGUUUUCUAAACACAAAACUAGAGCGGGAUAAACUACCAGAGGACACUCCUUUGCCCAUUUAUUUGGCAUAUCGGGAGCCCCGAAAACCAAGUCCUUGCAGCAGGUGGGAUAAGACAAGGCCUAAGAAAAACAAAUCUUCAAAACGGCAGACUUGCCCAACAGGCAGCGUGUCAGGAGUAGCAUUGCCUCCACCACCAGCACGAAGAGGAACAGCAAUAAUAAGAUCAGCAUCAGCACCAGACACAGCAACAUCAUAAAGCGCAGCAGCUCCCAUGACUCAUUUCGGCUGAUGUGCGCGACAUUAAGAGACAUGGCUCAGGCAAACGAAACAUCAAAAGGGGAAAAGCGGAAAAACACAACGGCCACGAAUCCAAAACACUCACUUGACUUGAAAAUCUGCAGAGGAAUAACUGACAGUCUACACAAGCAGCACUAAUUGCUGUAAAAUUGCAAAAAGUCGGCCCGACCAGGAGGGGGGGACUUUGGGCAGACAUAGAACAACAGGGGAACACAAAAAUCACAGCAGCAAAACAACUGGUAGUGUGUUUAAAAAAAAAUGUUAACGGAAUGAAUGCAACAAACGAACGAAUGUGCAACGAAACAAGCAACAGCAGCAGCAGCAGCAGCAGGAACAGCAGCAACAUGAAGCCGCAACAGCAACACAAGCUGCAAACAACUCAAUUAACACAAACAACCAGCCAGAGAGAAACGCGCAAAAGUUGCUAUGCCCAGCCGACCACGCCUCCCAGCCGCCCUUUUUUUCCCCCAUGACCAAAAACCCCUUUGAGCCUCAUUUUCUGGACACUUUUUUUUCGGCCCCUGGGCAAUGCAAAUGCAUGCAACUCGGUUUUUGCGGCAAGCAACAUUUCUUUUGGCAGUGAAAUUAAAAUUUUAAGUGUAACAGAAUUUAAGAACAAAAGAAUAAGAUAUUAACUUAUUCGUUCAUUAACUCAAUGUAAGUUACUUAAAAUGUUAAAUUAUAUUUAAAAACAUAA